CGGGAGGGCGGAUUCCGCAGCUUUGGUAUUGACCGGUGCUGUGCACUAGGCUGGUCUCUGGUGACUUCCAGACCUGAGUCUCGAUUCCCUUGCGAAAGCUCUUAGUGCUGUGGGUCCGGGCGUCCCGGGCUCUGGGUGUGUCCAGCCUGCAGCUGGGGUCCUUGCAGCCGGCCUGGAGGGGCGCGCCGCAGCCCUGCGGGGAUGGAACGGACCGAACUGCUGAAGCCGCGGACCCUGACCGACCUCAUCCGCAUCCUGCAUGAGCUCUUCGCGGGCGACGAGGUCAACGUGGAGGAGGUGCAGGCUGUGCUGGAAGCCUACGAGAGCAAUCCCGCCGAGUGGGCUUUGUACGCCAAAUUCGACCAGUACAGGUAUACUCGAAAUCUUGUGGAUCAAGGAAAUGGGAAGUUUAAUCUGAUGAUUCUGUGCUGGGGUGAAGGACACGGCAGCAGUAUUCACGAUCACACGGACUCCCACUGCUUUCUGAAGAUGCUGCAAGGAAACCUAAAGGAGACAUUGUUUGCCUGGCCUGACAAAAAAUCAAAUGAGAUGAUCAAGAAGUCAGAAAGGACCUUGAGGGAAAACCAGUGUGCCUACAUUAAUGAUUCCAUUGGGUUGCAUCGAGUAGAGAACGUGAGCCACACGGAGCCUGCCGUGAGUCUUCACUUGUACAGCCCACCUUUCGAUACGUGCCAUGCCUUUGAUCAAAGAACGGGCCACAAAAACAAAGUCACCAUGACAUUCCACAGCAAAUUUGGAAUCCGGACUCCAUUUCCAACUUCAGGAUCGCUGGAGAACAACUAAGGCAUACCAAGCCCUGGGAAGUUUUGCUUUCAGGCUUUCUGAAUGUUUACCUUGGGCAGAGAGGCCGCCCACCCACCAUCUGCUGUCCAGUAACACAGUUAAAUAAUGCCCGUGCUCGGUUCUACUGACUGCCAACAGGCGCUAAGGAAGCAAACAGUGUCCUGAGCUAUGCAGGAGAAAAUCCCACUAAAGAAAAAGUCUCGCAAUUUUUAAUGGCCAAAUCACAUUGCUCUGGAUUCUUCUGUACUCUAAUCCAUGGAAACUCUACUGGGGGGUUUCAGCGGGAGCAUUUCAGCCUUUGGUAACUCUCUGGUCUCUGAACUAUAAUAAUCAAAAGAAAAAGUCAGAAACUACAAACUGUCAAAUGUCUGUUUUGAUAUACCUGGAAGACUAAAUGUAGAAACCUUUAAUAUACUUCGUAUGUUCCUAAUAUUUGAUGAGAAUUUUUUAAAUCUGGAUUUUAUUUUUUCAAGCCUGUUUGACAAAUUCCUAUGCUGUGGAAAACAGGGAAGUAUGUAGCAGUUUGUUACUUGGUAGUGAAUAGCAGUGGCUUUAGAAUUGUGCCUGCACCCAGACCUCCUGCAAACAAAAAACUGAAACUGUGUUUAAUGUGUCCCCCUUUGUACUGCCACCAAAAUUGCCAAACAACUUUAAUAAAACUGGCUUUGAGAAGAA